AAGACCUCAAACAUAGCAGUGGAAAUGAUACUGUCUUUAGUUGUAUUAGUUACCAGUUUUGGUUUAGCCCUUUGGGCGUACUAUAGAAAAAAACACAGUUACUGGAAGCAAAAAGGAGUGCCCCAUGAAACCCCAAAACCUAUAGUUGGAAACAUCGGGGGUGCCUUAACAUUCAAAGAAUCCAUCGGGCAAUUUUUAUACAGAGUGUACAAGGGUUCCAAUGGACCAUACCAUGGUUUUUACGUCAUGGGCGAACCAUCCAUACUUAUAAAUGAUCCUGAUAUAAUUAAACACAUUUUAAUUAAAGAUUUUAAUUUUUUUAUGAAUAGGACCAUUGUUUCUGACCCUAAAGGAGAUCCUAUAAGUGCUCAUAUUUUGUUUAACUCUAAAACACCAUUGUGGAAUAAUUUGAGGAGGAAAGUCUCGCCGAUAUUUUCUUCAGGAAAACUAAAAAGAAUGUAUUCCUUUCUAUACGAAAGUUCAAGUGACCUUGUUAAUUAUUUAGAAAAAACCGAUAAAAUGAUAGAAUCGAGGGAAGUUUGUUCUCUAUACACUACAGACAUAAUUUCUUCGACAUGUUUCGGUAUAAACGCAAAAUGCUUCGAAAAUCCAAACGCCGAAUUCCGAAAAAUAUCCAGAAAAUUGUUUGAAUGGAACUCGCCAAGGGUGUCUGUGCCAAUGCUUUUCUACUUUUUGACGCCGACGAUUGUCAAACUUUUUAAAAUAGGGUUAUUCAGAACUGAAUGUGUCAGAUUUUUUAAAAGAGUUUUCUUUAGGGCUAUAGUGGAAAGAGAACAAAGUAAAGGUUUUAGAAAUGAUUUUCUUGAUCUCUUGAUACAGAUUAAAAAUCAAGAUGCCGAGUCAAACAAAAAUGUUAAGAAUGAGGGAGAUGUUAUUUUGGCACAGGCAAUACAAUUUUUUGCAGCAGGUUUCGAAACUACAAGUGGAUUAAUGGUAUUUUUCUUGUACGAAUUGGCGAAAAAUCCAGAUGUACAAGAAAAGUUGCGUCAAGAAGUUUUAGAAGUUUUAGAAAAGAAAGGAGAAAUCAUGUAUGAUUCUUUUAAGGACAUGAAAUAUCUCGACAUGUGUACUUCUGAAGCUUUAAGAAAGUACCCGAUACUUCCUUUCUUGGACAGGCGUUGUUCAGAAAAUUAUAAACUGCCAGGAAGUGAGUUGGUAUUGGAAAAAAAUACGCCAGUUUAUAUUUCAAUUUUGGGAUUACAAUACGAUGAAACGUAUUAUCCGGAACCUGAUAAAUUUAUACCGGAAAGAUGGAUGGAUAGCCAAAUUAAUAAAUUUUCUUUUCUUGCAUUUGGAGAAGGACCGAGGAAUUGCAUUGGAGCCAGAUUUGGUGUUUUAGCCGUUAAAAUAGGAAUAUCAAGAAUAUUAUCCAGCUUGAAAGUUGAGCUAUGCGAAAAAAGCCCAAAGAACAUAGGAAUUCAGGAUUUUGAUUCUAGGGCUUUACUUUUGGCACCAAUAGAUGGUAUUUAUUUAAAGUACAGUAAAAUUAAUAAGUAGACUUAUAUAUACAUAAGUAUACUUAAGUAUAUAUACUUAUUAUAAUUAUAAUUAUAUGUUACAAAUAUUUAUAAAAUUUGCGUGUUUAAAAAUCUGUGGAAAUUUUAUAUAUAAUUAAACUAAAUACAGAAAUUGGAUAAUUACAGGUGUAUUGUUUUUUAACCUUGUUUUU